CCGGCGGCCGCACUGUGCGUGUGACGUCACUGCGCACGACGGCCGGGAGAGGGAGGGAGGGGAAGAGGUUCCUCAGCGCUGAGUAGCGGCCGCCAUUUUGUUUGUGUGCGCAAGGUGGACACGGGCUCGCUCGCCUUUUUUCUCAGCUUUAUGCAUGUACCCGUUUGAACUCAGAAUUCCUGCAUAUAACAUCCAGCAAGAGAAGCUGAUGCGGCAUUCUAAACGAACUCAUUGUCCUGAAUGGGAUGAUAGAAAGAGCUGGGAUCAGAGAAACCACAGUAGCAGCCAUAAACGCAGGAAAAGGUCCCACAGCAGUGGACAAGAAAGCAAGCACUAUAAACCCCAUCACUUUUCAGAAAGUCAUUAUUUGGACGAUAGAGCCAUAGAUGAAAGAGACCAUCAUGACCGGAGAUAUGUUGAGGAAUACAGAAAUGACUUCUGUGAAGUAUAUGACCACAGGCAUUAUCACAGAGACUAUGAAAAGAGUCACCAUCAUCACUAUAGCAAAUCCUCUGGUCGGAGCAGGAAAAGUAGUCAUAAAAGGAAGCAUAAGAGACAUCAUUGCUCCAGUCACCAAUCACAUUCGAAGAGUCACCGAAGGAAAAGAUCCAGGAGUGUAGAGGAUGAUGAGGAGGGUCACCUGAUCUGUGAAAGUGGAGACGUUCUAAGAGCAAGAUAUGAAAUUGUUGCGACUUUAGGAGAAGGAGCUUUUGGAAAAGUAGUGGAGUGCAUAGAUCAUGAUAUGAGAGGAAUGCAUGUUGCAGUUAAAAUUGUGAAAAAUGUUGGUAGAUACCGGGAAGCAGCCCGUUCAGAAAUACAGGUAUUGGAACACUUAAACACCAUGGAUCCAAGCAGCGCUUUCCGCUGUGUCCAGAUGCUGGAAUGGUUUGAUCAUCAUGGCCAUGUUUGCAUUGUUUUUGAGCUGCUGGGACUUAGCACUUAUGAUUUUAUUAAGGAAAACAGCUUUCUGCCAUUUCAUAUUAAUGACAUCAGAAAUAUGGCUUAUCAAAUUUGCCAGUCUAUAAAUUUUUUACACCAUAAUAAACUAACUCAUACAGAUUUAAAGCCUGAAAAUAUCUUGUUUGUGGAAUCUGAUUACAUAGUGAAGUACAAUGCUAAAAUGAAGCGAGAUGAACGCACUUUAAAAAACACAGAUAUCAAAGUUGUUGAUUUUGGAAGUGCAACUUUUGAUGAUGAACAUCACAGCACAUUAGUGUCUACAAGACAUUAUAGAGCUCCUGAGGUUAUUUUAGCAUUGGGAUGGUCGCAGCCUUGUGAUGUUUGGAGUAUUGGUUGUAUUCUGAUUGAGUAUUACUUAGGAUUUACAGUAUUUCAGACGCAUGAUAGUAAAGAACAUUUGGCAAUGAUGGAAAGAAUACUAGGGCCUCUGCCAGCUCACAUGAUCAAGAAAUCCAGAAAGCACUAUUUUCAUCAUGACCAGCUGGACUGGGAUGAGCACAGUUCUGCAGGUCGAUAUGUUAGGAGACGCUGUAAGCCUUUAAAGGAAUUCAUGCAUUGCCAAGACACAGAUCAUCAAAGCCUGUUUGACCUUGUUCGCAGAAUGUUGGAGUAUGAUCCAGCCAAAAGAAUUACUCUUGAUGAAGCCUUGCAGCAUCCUUUUUUUGAACCGUUAAAUAAGUAAAUUCAGAGAUCUUUUAUGCUUCUCCAAGGAGAUUACCUAGACUGUGUCAGUCAUCAGAGAUUGCAUGAAACUUUUGUAAACUUUAAAUUAUUUUGUACAGUUAAGUCUGUAAAUAUUUACAUAUGUUUUGUAUAACUGUCAUGUUUAUCUUGUUGAACAGUUGUAGUCUUAAUCAUAGAUAUCAAAGUGAAAAAUAAAAGUAAUUUUCAUUUUUGAA